AUGGAUGAUGGCUUCCCCGAAGCUCCACAGAUGGAGAUCCCAGCUCUGUCAUCUACCCACCAGUCAUCUGUCCAUCCAUCAGUCAUCUAUCCACCCAUCAGUCAUCUAUCUAUCCACCCAUCAGUCAUCUAUCUACCCAUCAGUCAUCUAUCCAUCCACCCAUCAGUCAUCUAUCUACCCAUCAGUCAUCUAUCCAUCCACCCAUCAGUCAUCUAUCCACCCAUCAGUCAUCUAUCCAUCCACCCAUCAGUCAUCUAUCCAUCCACCCAUCAGUCAUCUAUCCAUCCAUCCAUCAGUCAUCUAUCCACCCAUCAGUCAUCUAUCCACCCAUCAGUCAUCUAUCCAUCCACCCAUCAGUCAUCUAUCCACCCAUCAGUCAUCCAUCCACCCAUCAGUCAUCUAUCCACCCAUCAGUCAUCUAUCCACCCAUCAGUCAUCUAUCCAUCCACCCAUCAGUCAUCUAUCCACCCAUCAGUCAUCUAUCUAUCCACCCAUCAGUCAUCUAUCUAUCCACCCAUCAGUCAUCUAUCUAUCCACCCAUCAGUCAUCUAUCCACCUAUCAGUCAUCUAUCUAUCCAUCCAUCAGUCAUCUAUCCACCUAUCAGUCAUCUAUCUAUCCACCCAUCAGUCAUCUAUCCAUCCACCCAUCAGUCAUCUAUCCAUCCACCCAUUCAUCUAUCUAUCCAUCCAUCAGUCAUCUAUCCACCUAUCAGUCAUCUAUCUAUCCACCCAUCAGUCAUCUAUCCAUCCAUCCAUCAGUCAUCUAUCCACCCAUCAGUCAUCUAU